UGCCCUCAGCAGUGACGGGUCUCCAGCUGGAGAACCUGCACACCACCUGCAGCCUCCAGGUGAGCUGGCAGGAAGCUCUGGGCGUGGCUGAUGGAUACAACCUGCAGGUGGUGGACAGCAGAGGCAGUCUAGUGGCAAACUCCUCUCAGCCCUCUGGACAGACCAGGCACAGGUUCGACGGCCUCACCCCAGGAAAGAAGUACCGAGUCCUGGUGCAGACCACCAGUGGGGGGGUCCACAGCCUGGCGGUCAGCGCCGAGGCUCAGACACGCCCUGCAGCUGUCACCAGUCUGACAAUUAAAGCCAACUCCACCACCAGUCUGUCUUUCUACUGGUCUCCACCAGAGGGGGACUUUGAGCUUUAUGAGAUCCUCUUGUACAAAGGUGACGAGUCGCUGCAGGAGAGGCGACGUGUCCAGCACAACAGUCAGCAGUGCUCCUUCCAGGGCCUCAGGCCUGGAGCGCCAUAUAGGAUGGUGGUACUGACCCACAGCGGGGACCAGAGCAACCAGUCCUCCAUCUGGGCCAGGACAGUCCCAGCAGCUGUGGUGUCUCUGAGGGCCCAUAGUGGAAACCAGUCUGAUGCUCUGUGGGUGAACUGGGGUUGCGGUGGUGGAGAUCUGAGCGGAUACCUGUUGUCCCUCUACAACCCUGACGGCUCCCAUCGGGCCAGGCGGCAGCUGGGCUCAGAGGUCACGGGGUUCGUCUUUUCAGACCUGGUCCCGGGUCGUCUGUACCGAGUCGAGGUUCUGAGUCUGAGUGGGGAGCUGACCAACAAAGCCAGCACCAUGGGCCGCACCA